AUGUUGCGCAUUCUGAGUGUUUCGUCUCUUCUCCUGGCUACCACUUCCCUGGUUUCUGCUGAUGAUGCGACCUACAAUGUAAACGCCAUCUGCACCUGUGACCAGAUGAUGCGUUACUACGGCACCUCCCACGACGGACUAUGGGGUGGUUCCUGGUGGCAAUCCGCCAUCCUGAUGGCCUCUCUGGCGGACAUCUCGUCUUUGGAUUCCAGCUACAAUGGGACGUAUUUCAACACAUACUCCAACACAUACAGCAACGCACCGAGCUUCAAUGGCUAUACAGGCUUUCUGGAUGACUUUUACGAUGAUGAGGGCUGGUGGGGAAAUGCUUGGCUCACAGUGUAUGACCUGACCAAGAACUCGGACUAUUUGAAUCUGGCGAUUAGUAUCUACAACGACAUCUCUGGAGGAGUGGAUACCCCGUGCGGCGGUGGACUGUAUUGGGAGAAAGGUCAACCCUACAUUGCUUCGAUUGCCAACGAGCUAUACAUAGCCCUAGCCGCCGGCCUCGCCAACCGUGUUCCCUCGGACCAAGCACAACCCUACCUCGACGCCGCAACCUCCGGCUGGGACUGGUUCGUCAACAUCGGCGUUAUCGACACCGACUGGCUAGUUGUAGACGGCGUAGACAACACUACAUGCCAACCAACUGGCAGCAAAUACUCAUACAACCAAGGCGUGAUUCUCAGCGCAGCCGUCGAACUCGCCACAGCCACAGGCCAUUCCUUCUAUCUCGAAACUGCAGGCAGAAUCGCCAACGCGACAACCGCCACAAACGGUACCUUUACUGACGAAAACGGGGUGUUGAAGGACUGCGCCACCGGCUGUGAUGUCCAAGGCGCCAUGUUCAAGGGUCCCUUCUUCCGGGGUUUGCGACAGCUCCAACUCGCUGAUCCGCAUGAUAACUGGAAGGAUUUCAUUACGACUAAUGCUCAGUCGCUAUGGAAUCAUGCGUUGAAUGAUACGAAUGGCGAUUGUAAUACGGGUGCGUCGUUUGCGGGGCCGAUGUCUGAUGUUAAUGAGGUUACGCAGGGUGCAGCCCUUGACUGCCUUGUUGCGGCGUGGGCUGUUACUUCUUAG